CGAACGUCCUCCAAUCGGGAGAUAUGAACGAUGAGAUUGGCGACUUCAGGACUGGCAAUGGUGAGUCAAUAUGAGAGGCAGCCAGACACACACGGCGCCCGCCGAUGAGCACGGAGACCACAUCUGUGCACAAUCGCACGGCUCUUACACUGGUUGGUGUUCCCUCCUGUGUGUGUCGAUGCGAUGUGUGUGUCAGGGCCGGUCCUCACUCGCACGCCGCAGGACGCUCUCUGCUCCCCGGAGCAUAUGCUCCCGCGGCACUCGUUCGUCCCGCCACCCUACGCACACCCCUUCUCCACUCCCACCCCUGCCCCUCCUCCAUUCGGCUAUCACCCGAUGGCCUCACCACCACCACCAGCGCCGAAGCCGCCCAUAGAAGUCAUUGACAGGUGCGCACACGACGAGCGCACAGACCGCAUGAGCAGCUGGGCAAGAGUGUGUGUUGUGUUGUGUUGUGUUGUGGAUGUGUGUGCAGUGGUCCUCCGUGGACGGCCGAGGACGACGAGUCGUUGCUCAAGUAUGCGCGCGAGAGCAGCGGCCGCAGCUGGAAGCACAUCGCCAGGCAGUUCUCCAGCCCAACGCGCACCGAGGCCGAGUGCAUGAGCCGCUGGAAGACUAUCAUCAAACCUGGCGCUAAGGUAUCGUACCCUAGCCCCGCCACACACAUCCAACACUCACGCCCACAUCCCUCCUCCCCUCCCUCCUCUGCUGUGUGUUGUGUGUCAGGGGCCCUGGACACCUGAGGAGGAUGAGUUUCUGUAUGGGCUGGUGCUCGAGUACGGUCCGUCGCGAUGGACGGAUGUGGCUCGCGAGGUCAACCUGCACAUCCACGCCAAGGAGGGCGGCGGGAGGGGGGAGGCCUGGCACGUCCGGACGGGCAAGCAGUGCCGCGAGAGGUGGUGCAACCACCUCGACCCCACCAUCAGACGGUGCGUGAUGCGACAUGGCAGGUGGUGUGAUCGUGUCUGUGAUCGUGCGUGCGUGUGUGUGUGUGUGGUUGGUUGGUUCAGGGGGGCAUGGUCGGCAGAGGAGGAUGCCAUUAUCAUCCAGCGGCAGAACGCCAUCGGCAACAAGUGGGCUGAAAUCGCCAAGGCGCUCAACGGUACGGUACACAAACCAAACCCGCUCCCAUGCACCACACACACGGACCCAUUAAUGCAUCUUUCCCCGUCUCUCUCUCUCGUGUGUCAGGUCGCACCGAGAACUCGGUCAAGAACCGGUUCAACUCGCUGAUGCGCAAGAACAUGCGGGCCAUCUACGCCUCCGACGGCUCCGUCACCCUCGUCCCCCCAAACCCCGCUGCAGCCGCCGGCGGAUCGGUCACCGCACAAAAGACACAGCCGUUGUCGGGGGGUGGCCCACUGGACAACGGCAAGGGGGGCGAGGCGGUGGUCCACAGCACCACCAACACGCCACCGUCGCCAUGGGCGGUAUCGGACAGCAGCAUGGGCAUCGGCGGGAGAGAUCGUGGGGGAGAUGAUGGGCAUGGGUGUGAGUGUGGGGAUGAGGGGGACAACGAGAGUGGAGACGAGGACAUGGUCGAUGGCGACGGCGAUGGGGAGAGCGACGAGGGGGACGAUGAGGAUCAUGCGACCAGUGGCGACCAGAUGGGGCUGUCGGAAGGUACGCGUGUGUGCAUUUCUAUGUGGGAGGACAGACACACAGACACACAGACACACACACACACACACAUCUUGACCAUCUCUCUCUGUCUCUCUCUCUCUCCCUCAGUUGACUACUUCAGUCGUCUUCCGCCGUACCAGCAGCAGGGGCGGCACGGGGGAGGGUUAAUCGGUGGCAACAAGGCCGUACUGCCUGUCCACACCAGCAGCACCGGCAGCAGCAGGAAGGCCCAGCCCCUGUUCACCUUCGACAUCCCCCCUGGCGCACUGCCCGUCCCAUGCAGCAGCGAAGACCCCUUCAUCGUCUCGCCAUACGCACACGUGAGUUCCUCCUUGUCGGCCACCCAUCCCUCCCUCCAGCCAUCCAUCCAUUGUGUGUCUGUGUGUGUGUGUGUGUGUGUGUGUGUGUCAGUCAAGUCUUUUCGGUGACCUGCCCACGAUGCCCCUCAACGGGACCGGCAGCGGCAGCAUCGUCGUGGCCGCCCCACGCCCCUCAUCCCAGGCCAACGGCAAGAGCGGCAAACUGUCGCCGCCCAAACCGCUCACCAACGGCCACAGCAGCAGCAGCCACAACGGGAAUGGCCACCACAACGGCAACGGGGAUGACUCAGUGUAUCAGCAGAGCACUACGGUGGGCGGCGGCAACUCCAACAACGGCACCAAUGGCUCGGGGUCAGGCGACUCGGACAAGAGCAAUGGCAACGGCUCCGAGGGCAGCGACUCGGGCGGUGGCGGGAGCGGCAGCAAUAGCAAGAAUGGGGCCAAGGGCGCCGGUGGCGGUGGUGGUGGCAAGAACGGACACGGCACGACCACCAGCAAUGGCCACUCAUCUGCGUCGAAAGGUGGCCACUCCAGCCACAGCCGCACCAUCAAGAGCUCCGACACCGGCUCGCGCAGCGACCCCACUCCCCACACCCACGCCCACAGCUCCCCAGUCAUGCCGCCGCGAUGGAGCCCCCCGGCCUCCCGCGAGCAUCGCCCAUCUGGUGGCCAGACGGGAAUGAUAUCAGGGUCCAAGAGCGAGCCUGGUGUGUGUGUGGCGGGGGGCCCGUCCACCGAUGAGGAAGACAUGCAAGACGAUCGGUGAGCGACCGAGCGACAGAGAGAGAGAGAGAGAGGCCACCCCGACGAAUGGAUGGAUGGAUGGAUGUCUCUCUCCGUCUGUGUGUGUGUGUGUGCAGUUCUGCGUAUUCUGGCUCUGCGGUGUAUCGCGUUCACUACUACAAGCGCCGCCGAGCGUCCCCUGCCCACGGCCACAUCCCAGGGCCCCUCCCUUCCCCUCUGGCCGGCCUUCGAGGCCUCAAGCAGCGCAUCAGAGACCUCAAGCAGCCACAGGGGCCAGAGGAGCUCAGCCUGGCCACGCACUUGUCGCAUAUUCGGCAGAGGUACCAGCGACUCGUGUCUGAUAUUGACGAGGAGGGCGAUGAGGAUGCGGCGGCGGAUGUGGUCAUGGCUGGUGGUGACAUGGGGGCGUUACCGCCGUUGUUUCAGGACGUUCCCGGCCACAGCGGUCCGCACGGCAGCCGUCCGUCCAACCUCCCUUUGUCCAUGUACGCCGGGCUCCCGGUGACGCCGCUCCCAAUCGACACACACCCCAAUGGCACUAACGGCAAGGAGAGUGGGUACGGCAGCAUGUAUCCCCGACCGGGUCAGGCCUACCCCCAAGGCAGCCCCCACCUCCGCAGCCACCCCUACUACCUCCCUCUUGGUCACCCACAGCCCCUCCCCCAUCAUGCCCACUACCAUCACCCGAUCGCCCACCCCCACUCGCAGACCCACAACUACCUGCAUUCACACCCACUCGCCCCCCUGGCUGCACACGCCAUGGAGCCGCCACCGCCCUCGGACUCUUCGGGUGGCGGUAAGGGCGGCCACCUGCUGGACGGGGAGAGCGAGGCGCUGCGGAGUCUGCAGGCCAUGCAGAUUGUGCGGACGGAGGGGAGGAUCCAGGGGCCGUCGCCGCCCUACGCCAUCCCAACACCGCCCUCUUUUGGAUGCUCGGCAUAGCUUGCUUAGCUGGGAUUGAAAUGGAUGGAUGGAUGGAUGGAUGGAUUGGCAAGUGGUGUGUGGGUGAUGGGUCUGUCGAGGGAUGUUAUGCCUUUUUGCUCGCUCAUUGGCCGGGGGGAUGUACAGAUAGACAGACAGACAGCAUGAUGGACGGGAGCCGUGUACGUGUGUAUGUGUGUGUGGUGUGCUGUGAUGUGGGGUAGCGGAUUUUUCCGGGCGUGUGUGUGUCGUGCGUGCGGCGGCGUGGGUGUGGG